CUCAAAUAAUCCGCCUUUAAAGUCCUCCUUUGCGUCUUGUUAACGCGGACUAUCGAGCCGUGUUCCAGUUUUCAACUUAUUUCCGAAAAGUUAAGUGACAGGAAUUCGUUUGUUUUGUGCGGUCGCGCGCACCAGCCGUUAAAGCGUCACCUCCUGACAGUUUCUCCUCACUCGCCUCAGAAUCUCUCAUAAAACUUUAGCAUCGUUGCUAACUUACUCACGAGGGAUUUUUUUUAACGUGUUUAGUGCUAAAACAUUUUUUGCAAAUCUUAAAACGUGGAUAAAUUCAUUUAAUUAUGAAUUAAAAAAUCAAUUUUGAUACUCACCUGUUGAAAGACAUCGAAUUUCACUGAAAAUCAGCUAUUACAUUAAUGUACACGGCUCGCGGUCACGUCACUGUCAUUUACAUACGGACUUCGUAGCUUUGUGAUGGUUACAGGCGCUUAAGCCAGGACCUUGUCUGAAUUCUCCACCCCACGAUGAGCUCCUCGUCCCCGACCAUGCAUGAAGCAAAGGACGUGGAUCAGGAGGAGGCACCGCCCCUCUUUCCUUCCCUCUAUCCUACGUCUCUAGGGGUGGACAGAGGAACUGUGUGUAUCCCUUCUCCGUACGCAGAUAACAGCCACGGAGAGAUGUGCUUUUAUGGUCCGCCUGUGCCCGAGAACCCAGCCGUGGCACCUCCUCUCAGCCCGUCGCUCAUCUGGACCUCUCACAACACCCACACCAUGCCAGCUCUGUCCCUGCACUGCCCCCCUGCACUGCCGUACAGCGAGCCACAGAUACACACCACCUGGGCUGACAGCAAGCCACACGGCACGGUUCGAAACAGCUCUUUCCUCUCUCAUGCAAAGUUGUUCGGGAAGCGAUCGGAAGACGGCGACGAAGCUCUGAACUCCUCUUCCACGUCGUCGGGUGCUGUGAUCAAAGGUGACAUGCACUUCUGUGUCGUCUGUCACGACUACGCAUCAGGCUACCACUACGGCGUCUGGUCCUGUGAGGGCUGCAAGGCUUUCUUCAAGAGGAGCAUUCAAGGACACAACGACUACAUCUGUCCAGCCACCAACCAGUGCACAAUCGACAAGAACCGCCGCAAAAGCUGCCAAGCGUGCCGUCUACGCAAGUGCUACGAAGUGGGCAUGAUGAAGUGCGGUGCACGACGUGAGAGGUGUGGUUAUCGAAGUUCCCGCCACCGCCGGGCCACUCAGAUCAGAGACGGCUCGGUCAGGCUCGUGGGGGUCCGAGGUCAUGCCCAGAGACAUUCUCAAGCCCCGCUCCAUCUCUCACUUUCUCACCCUGGCGUCAGAGUGCCAGCCAAGAUUGGGUUUUCAGGUUUGUCCCCUGAGCAGCUGGUGCACUGCAUCCUAGAGGCGGAGCCGCCGCAGAUCUUCCUGAGGCAGCAGAUGAAGAAACCAUACACUGAGAGCACUGUGAUGAUGUCACUCACGCAGCUCGCUGACAAGGAGCUCGUCCUCAUGAUCAGCUGGGCCAAGAAAAUUCCAGGUUUUGUGGAGUUAAGCUUGGCCCAUCAGGUGCACCUGUUAGAGUGCUGCUGGUUGGAGGUGCUCAUGUUGGGCCUGAUGUGGAGGUCAAUCGAUCAUCCUGGAAAACUCAUCUUCUCCCCAGACCUCAAACUCAACAGGGAGGAGGGAAGCUGUGUUGAGGGGAUCAUAGAGAUCUUUGACAUGCUCUUGGCCGGCUCCUCCAGGUUCAGAGAGCUGAAACUGCAGAAGGAGGAGUAUGUCUGCCUCAAAGCACUCAUUCUGCUGAACUCCAGUAUGUACAUGACAUCAUCAGAGAGUGAGAAGGAUUUGGAGAGCAGGGCAAAGUUGCUACAGCUGCUGGACACCGUGACGGACGCGCUGGUGUGGGCCAUCUCACAAACAGGUCUAUCUAUGCAGCAGCAGUCCGCACGCCUCGCUCACCUACUCAUGCUGCUCUCGCAUAUCCGGCAUCUCAGUAACAAAGGUAUGGAGCACCUUUCCAGUAUGAAGCAGAAGAACGUCGUCCUGCUGUAUGACCUGCUGCUGGAGAUGCUUGACGCCAACACGGCUCACAACAGGCGUAUCUCUGCUAGCCCGUGCUCUGACCCUGCAACCCGAGAGACUGCUCUGAACAUGCAUGCUGACCUCGAGGUCACGACCCCAGUGUCCUCGCGGAACACACCCACACCCCCUCAGCUCCACAGUCCCAUCACUCAUCAACUCGCACAGGCGCCCGAAUCACAGUGCAGCCAGGAGUGAGUGACAUCCCCACCUCCAUCCCUUUCUCUCUCUGUCUCUCACACACAGCCCUGAAUGCAUUGCAGCUCCUUUAUACAAUGUAGUGAAAGUUCUUUAUAGUUACUGUAUUUUCCAGACUAUAAGAUAUUGGCAAAAAAUGUUUUAUAUGUAAUUGUAACGUCCCCUGUGUUUACAGUUGGCCUGCUACUAGAGCGUGUAUGCUAGGCUGACCGUUUGUUCUAGUCUUUUAGUGCUAUUGUAACAAUACACACACACACACACACACCAUAGUUGUGUUAGUGGCGAUUAGUGCAGGAGCAAUAACCUUUAUCACCCAAGUGAUAGGUUUCACUAGUGAUGUUUAUUAAUGCAAGGUGACUUAACACCUUAUAAGGAUGGCCAAUAAUAACAAUAACCUUCAUAAUAUCCAUAAUAUUAAACACUUGAAGACUUAUAAAUUAAGUCUGUUUUGAGAAAUUAAAAGUAUUUCAUGCUCUUCAAAGAUAUCAAAAACAGAGGCAUGUGCUUAUAUUAGUGCUAUAGAGAUGUAAAUAUAUUUUAUGUUCCUAUUUAUUGUUAAAACAUUAUGUCCCUCAGAAGCAGGAAACUGGAUCAGGUUUUUCUUCACUUAACUUUGAACAGGGCAGCUUCUUCAAAAAAGGGAAAAAAGUGUCCUAUAAAUAUAUACUUAACAUUUUUCUGUCUAGACAAUCAGCUUAUUUCCAGGAUUGCAGAUGAUUUAAACGAGUACGCUCCUAACCGUCUCUGAGAGCUAGAUUGAAAUGAGUUUAAUUCGGUGGUUAAGUGGUCUUAUUUGGCACACAUGCUUGAUGUUAAUUCUUCUGUCCUUGUAUCUGUAGUUAGAAAACAAAGAAACACGACUCCAGUUAGAGUAACGAGAACGCUGUGAUUGUGUUAAAGCUCAGGAAACAAGACAGCGAUGAACUUAUGCAGCUCUUACUAAACUGAAUUAGACUGUAGCAGUAGUUCCCCAGUUUAGAGUAUUUCCUGCAUCUGCUAGUCCAGGAAAUACAGUACACUUCUACAAUCUAAAUAACUCGACACCCUGUGUUUAUUUGCACUACUCAUCCCUUUAAUCCCUCCUUCUCCUGCUCUGCGGUGCUACGUACAUCUGAGCUGAGAGAUGUUUUACACAAAAAGACAAAACAAGCAGACACUGCUCCCAGCCUGUGCUGGAGAAUCAGGAGCGUGCGGUGUGAACUACGGAACGGAUCUGACCGAGCGCCUUCGCUUCAGAAACCCCAGAACACCACCAGACUUUACACGGAGGUUACGUCUGAGGCAACACACAGAUUUUACCACACGGCUCCGUCAGUGUGACUUUAUCAGGUGUCGCGGUUUCACUCAGUAGAUCAUCACCAAGAAAAAAAAAGGGACUCUUUUUGUAUGUUUUUAAAGAGGUCCAGAAAUCUCAACCCCCCCCGAGUCAGUACUGUUUGUGUUUGUGCCGCCGUCUCAUCCACUGUAAAUAAAGCACAAUUAGUUGACGCCACAAAACUCUGCAGAAAAAAAAUCAUGCAUCUAAUGAAGACGUGUAUAGUUCUCACAUUUUUCACAUUUAUUUCAUUGUUUUUUUUUUCUGCAUAGCAUGCAAAACA